AUGACCGUCACAGAGAAGAUAAAGGAGGCCGUUGGUCUUGCCGGCGGCGAGCCGAAGAAGGCUACCCGCGAGGAGAUGAGCGCCGCACGCCUGCCGCUGCCGUACCGAGAUUCCUGCGCACAUCUGCUGAUUCCCCUCAACCGGUGUCGGUACGAAGAGUUCUACCUGCCGUGGAAGUGCGAGAACGAGCGACACUCGUACGAAAAAUGCCAGUACGAGGAAUUCAAGGAGCGGGUGCGAAAGAUGGAGGAAUUGAGGGCAGCCAAGGGCGGGCAGCGGAGCAACUGA